UCUUUGCUCCAUAAACCAUAUCUCUCUCUCUAUUCUUUACUCAACAAAACUCUCUCGUGAGAUCCUAAUGGAUACACAUUCAUUCAUCACCUCCGCGUCCCGAUGGCCGUCAAGUCGCCGGAAUGUCUAUCUUCGUCGGCGUAAGCCGCAAGUUGUACGUCUUGGCGGAAGAAACGGUGGGCCACGUGGGAGAUUCUCGCUCAAGAGGGUGGUGAGAAAGAUGAAGUUCAAGUGGCUGAGACUGUACUAUGUCAAGCUCGUGAAGAUGAUCAAAGGGUAUCAUCGUAACGUGGCGCAGGAGUUUGCUGACGCCGGAGCUGCAACUAUCCAGCAGCGGAUGACGGUGGAAACGGCUGCUUUCGCCGCUCCGGGAUUGGGGCUAUCUUUCUGUCCCGUGUCUGGUCAACGUUUUUUUCUUGUUUAGCUAAAAUUUUCAAGUUUAUUUUUAAUAGUUUCAAAGUAAUUAAUUACCUUUGUACUUUUUUUCGGAAUUUCCUAUUAUACUACUUUGAA